AUGCCAAAUGGAAGCCGAUUUUUCCUUAUCCCCGACGCCCAACUGCGCAAAGUCCAAGACCUAGCCGAUGAGCUGGGCUUCUCUCCAGCCCAUGAGGAUGUUCUGCCCUCCGUCUACCCAUGCGAGCUAUCGGGUCUAGCGGUUCGCUACCUAAUCGAUGACGCAACCUACAACGAGGGCCCGCCGCGACGUAGGCUCGACGGCCUUCAUCCCUCACUCCCCCCUUCUGCCCGAACGGUACCACUCCCGGCCGCCUGCGCUGCGUUCGCACGUAUUGCCGCUCGCGAGAAACGCGCAAGUCCAGUCCGCAGUGGCGUUAUCCAGCAACUUUCAAGUGUGGUUGCUUAUAGCCUUUUCGACAUGAGCUAUGAGGGGGAUUAUAUGGAGAUCUUGUCGAAUGACCAGCCGCUCUCCGAGGCUGAAAUGUUAGAGAUUGAGCAUGCCGUAAAGGAGAUUAGGAGUUGGACAUUCAGGAAGGAUGAAGAGUGGAUCAAGGACAUGCUGAUUGACAUUUACACCGGAAGAAAACCUUUCGUGAUCUCCCUUGCGGAGGUCAUUGAUGUCUAG